UCUUCAGCCAAUGAAUUUGUAUUAUUCGAAAUAGCUAAAGCAGCAUCACUGAGUCUUCUGAGGGAGUGGACUGUUACUGAGGCUUAUGUCGUCGAAGAUUGCUAUAAAUACAUUUUAGAAUACGUUGCGGCAAGACCAAAUUUGGCCAACUUCGUUAAGCGAGAACUACUCGUUUGUUGUGCGAAAAUUUAUAAACGUGGAAUAUUCGACCAUAAAGUUGGUGAUAUCGAUUCACUGUGCGUAACUGUUGAACAGCUUCUUUCCAGUCAUCAGGAAUAUUUGCAAGGAUUGGGCUGUGAGCUAAUCGAGACAACUGCAGCCGAAUUUUUUUCCUCAUGGCGAUCGUCUGGUUUUGGAAUAACAUGGGAUUUUCAUUUACGGGCCAAGCGUGCUUUUGAGACAAGCGGUCUCAAGCGGCUCUUCGAACUGUCGUUGCGUAUGUUACAGCAUGUGGCAAAUGCGGAUUUGACAGCAUCAUGUUAUCAUAUGAGCUUAUGUGACAAAUUUUUACGGGUCGCUGAAAUUGUUUUAUCGUGGAAUUUUGCAUCUCGAUUCCUUCCACCGAGACUAACGUUCUGCGUUGAAAUGAGUUCUGGCGGUGCGCUUCGACCACCAAUUACUUGGAAAGAAAUCUUCCAAAAUGACGAUCUUCUCAAUCUCUUCUUUCAGCUGCAUAGACGCGUGAGAAGUGAUGAAACACUUUGCGAGCGUUCAAUGAAUUGUCUCGUUCAAUUAUCGUCAUUGAUGGGUGACGUUUUGAAUGCUUCUGAAAAUGAUACUCAUGAUCCGUACGAUCACUAUAUGUUUCUAUAUAUUCGUAAUUUACUUGAAUUAUUCCAAAGUGGUCCGUUGCCAAACGAAGUGACUGGUUUUUGUACAAUUUGGUAUAAACUCUUUAACUUUCAUAAGUUGCAAACGUUUAUACGAUUCGAUGAUGCAUUCCUUUCAACAAUGUUGAAUUAUAUGACCCAGUAUGCUGAGCAUCUAGCACCAAUUGCGAUGCACAAUUCAUUGGUGGAUGAUGAUGAUUCAUAUCGUGGCGCACUGACGAACCUCUAUGAAGCAUGGUUGGUGAUGGUACGGGGAUUUGAACGUACUCAAAGGAAAGGCUUUUUAAAAGACUACACCGUACGAAUACUGAGCUCUUUCAUGCGUACGCUUCUAUCCGAACCUGCCGGACAACGUACUGAUAUUUCAUCAACUGAAUGUAUGCAAGAUUUCGAGUUGGAUGAUCGUGAUCACUUCGCUGACACACUGAAAUUGAUUGGUCAUUUUGCUGGGCAUUGCUUGGAUGUGUUCUUACCAAUGCUAUAUUCGAUUUUGAAAAGUAAACUGGAACAGUUUUAUACAUUCAUAUCGAAUGGGGUUGACGAAAAAACAAUGGAUGCUUGGCGAGAGGAUAUGCAUUGGAUUUUGAUUCUUUUCGGAUAUAUAUUAACGGAAGCGGAUGAUGAUGGUAGUUGUCAUUUGCCAGCAGAGGUGUGUGACUUUUGUAUAGCUGCACCAAAAUCAGUGAAUGCGGGUUCACCGUUCAUCCGUGCUUGUAUUGAGAAUCCACGCUCAAUUCCAGAUGAUUUAUAUGUUGAUCCUAUUUUAAAAGUGACUGGAGUGAUAUUAGCGUGGUGUUCGUUAGAGCAUUCGUUACUGGUUGAGGGUGGUGCGAAUAUGGUGAGUCCCGAAUUAAUGAGGACUUCGUUCUGGAUAACCAGACGGUUAUUCUCCGCACUGAGUGUACCACCAGAUAACAGUAAUGAACAAAACUCUUUGAUACCCAUGCUUGAUAUUAAUAACGAAUUCUCCACUUUUCUUGUCCAAUUCGUCUUCCAUAAAACGUUUACCGUUCUCGGCAAAUUGUCCGGUGAAAAAAAGUUAUGUAAAGAUGCAUCCGAUUUACUGUUGGCAUUAGUAGAUAGCCGUGCUGCGGAAAUGGCAGCAAAUGAUUUGUUAUAUAUAUCCUUAUCGCACAUUCAACUGGAUAAAUUACCUGUACGACGAUCACUUAUUCAUACACUUGUCUUGAUUGGUGCAGCGGCCGAUGAUGAGCAAAUACGACAAAGAAUGUAUUUAUCGAUUCUUGAGCCUUUGUCGAACAAAUUCGAAGAACUAUGUUCAAAUCCGAUGAAUAACGAAUCGAAUUUGGCUGAUUUGUUGGACUGUUUCUGUGGUGUUGCGCUGGCAUCACAACGUCAUUCUGCUGCAGUCUUAUUUAGGUUUAUUGCACCGCUACUGGGACGAUGUGUCAAAAUGUUUUCAGCAAAGAACAUUUCACUUGUUUUAACGAAUGCAAUUCUUGAUCUCUUUGCUGUAGCUACGCGUAAACUGAUGCUUUAUAUAGAUCAGGUGGAAGAAUCACAGUUUUGCUAUGAGAUUCUACUUGAACUGAUUCAAGCUUAUCGUCGCGAACAAUUGGAGAAAUAUCGCGAGGUGGAUAUUGAUCAGGAGGAUAAAGCAACUGAUUUACUUCUUUUGUUGGAUGUUUUAGCGAAUAUUAUGAGUAAAGAUGCUCUUUAUCCAGUUGAUCCUACCGAAGUGCAUAGAGCAAAUGGUGCAAGAACAGCAUUCCUUGGUCUUGAAAUGCUACUUCCGUUGAUGGAUGAACAUCUCCUUAAGUUUCCUUCUAUUGCCUCAAAAUUUUAUAAUUUACUGCUUUAUUUUGCUGAAAUGGCACCCGAAUAUUUCAACGUAAUAUCAGAAGAAAUGUUCUUGUCAAUUAUGGAGUGUCUUCGACAUGGUCUUCAGUGUCUUCAUGGACAAGAGGUUUUUAUGCGCUUUUAUUUUUGCCGACUUACUUCGUCACAUUAUUCUUUCUUUCCUGCAAUUCAGGUUGCCAUGAUUUCCGUGGAAACGCUGAACGAAUUAGCAAAAUAUCAUUCACAAGAUCCUCAUCCAAGACCUAUUAUCAUAAUGCAAUUAUCAUCUCUCAUCGAGGACAUGUUCGUGAUGUGCCUUGAGUUUUCUUGCCAAGUUGAUAUGCUCAACGAGGCAACAUUUGCGCUUUAUGCACUCAUCUGUUGUAAUCGAGCAGCGUUCGAAGCAAUGGCUAUGAAUUUAUUAGCUAAAGAGCAGAACGCAGUUGCUCGCAAU